CACUACUGUCGGCGCUAACUGUAUCUCACACAUGCUACAGUGAACUGUCCAGUUAUACCGGCUGUGUGUGGGGUUCUUGUUCGUUUAUUCUUCAUACACUACGAGUGGACCGAAGUGAAACCGAGACUUUCAUCUGAACCGCUUCAGGACCUCGUUGCCUCUGAUGAAGCUAACUACCGCUGCCGUCGGGAAACUAGUCAUGAAGAGCCUUCCGUACUUCUGCCGGGGAGAGGUCAUUCGAGGAUUCGGGAGAGGAAGCAAGGAACUGGGCAUACCGACAGCCAACUUUGCAGACUCAGUGGUGGACAAGCUCCCGGCGGACAUCAGCACGGGGAUAUACUACGGCUGGGCCUGUGUCGGGAAUGGAGAUAUCCACAAAAUGGUGAUGAGCAUCGGCUGGAACCCUUAUUACAAAAAUACAAAGAAAUCCAUGGAGACGCAUGUUAUUCAUAAGUUCAAGGAGGACUUUUAUGGAGCGGUUCUCAGUGUUGUCAUGGUGGGCUACAUCCGUCCAGAGAGAACCUUCAACUCGCUUGAAGCGCUUAUUGAGGCAAUCAACAGUGACAUUGAAGAGGCCAAGGUCAAGUUGGAUCUCCCAGAGCACCUCAGACUGAGAGAGGACAACUUCUUCACCAGCGCAGCCAGUCCGUCUUCACCCACGCCCUCGUCCACAGCGGCAUCCACGUCACAGACUAUUCUAAAUGGUCAUUGACGAUUGGCCGUGACUGCAGUACUUUGCACACACACCCACACCCCACAACAUCAACAACACAGAUCAGAUUUCGACAUUAACGCAGGCUUGUGAGUUUGUCCUCAUUUAAAAUGCACAGCCUCAGUCUAAGAUCUCUCAGCUGUCACCAUGGCUGCAAACAAGCAUUAUCACGUAGAAUCAGUCUCUCGUUGUGUUUCACUUUGUUUAACUUCCUUAGUGAGUUCAUUAUAGGCAGCCAGGCACUUAACAGAAGUUAAUUUUUGUAUAUUCUCACCAGAUUGCCUCAUUCUGCAGCACAACUGUAAGAAGCUCAUUGGCUUCACUGAUCCUUGUGCAUAUUUGGAAUCUCUUAAUGUGAAAAGUCUGAUACAAAUGCAUUGCUUGGGUUGAGGGUGAGCAGACAACCAAAGCAUGUUGUAUGUAAGUUUUUGUAUUUACGUGUUCGUAAAGAAUGACACAAACCUGAACUAUAAACUCAGUCCAAGGUUGAAAAUAUGUCAGUUGUCUGACUAGGUUCUGUUCACAUUCGUUUCUGUUGUGAUGGUUGGAGAGAGUCUGGGAGUAACAUAGAUAACAUAUUAGAUUAUGCAACAAUUUAGCUAAAUGCCCAACUUCUGUGUAAAGAUGGGUGAUGUAUUAUAUUUAAUCAUACUUUGUUCCUGCCCGGAACAGUGCUUGUACUCUUAAUCACUGGCCUAACACGAAUGAGGCUUUUACAUUGGAGCAUCUGUGUGUAUGCAGAAAGAAAUCCUCUGCAUGCUGUAAAAAGCUGUUACUCAAAAUGAAAACUGUAUACAGUUAAGAUCUGUUUUAACAUU